CUUCAGUUCGAUUUCAUUUAAUCGUCGAUGCGGUCGUGAGUCUUGUCUACUAAGUAUUUUUACAAUACUGCAGCAUGAAGCAGUUCUUUUUGCUUUCGUUUUUCACGAGCUUCCUUGUGACUGUCACACACGGAGCAUCUAACUUAGUGUGCUAUUAUGAUUCAUCGAGCUACACACGUGAAGGGUUAGGCAAACUGUUAAAUCCGGACUUGGAAAUCGCUUUACAGUUCUGCUCGCACUUGGUCUACGGAUAUAUGGGCCUUCGUGGCGACAACUAUCAGGCAUACAGCUUGAAUGAAAAUUUGGACAUCUAUAAACAUCAGUUUUCCGAAAUAACAGCCUUCAAGCGAAAAUAUCCACAUCUGAAGGUGCUACUCAGCGUGGGCGGCGAUCGUGACAUCGAUGCGGAACACCCAAACAAGUACAUUGAGCUACUCGAAGGGGAGAAGGUGCGUCAGACGGGAUUUAUCCAAUCGGCCUAUUCGUUGGUUAAGAACUACGGCUUUGAUGGCUUGGAUUUGGCAUAUCAGUUCCCCAGAAACAAGCCCAGAAAGGUGCACGGCGAGCUGGGCGCAGUCUGGAAGAGUUUCAAGAAGCUGUUCACUGGCGACUUUAUAGUUGACAACAAUGCGGCUCUGCACAAGGAACAGUUUACAGCGUUUGUUCGAGAUGUGAAGGAUUCGCUACGUGCUGAUGGAUUUUUACUCAGUUUGACUGUGCUCCCGAAUGUUAACUCCACCUGGUAUUUUGACAUACCAGCGCUGAACGGGCUCGUUGACUUUGUCAACUUGGCCGCAUUUGACUUUCUAACGCCGGAACGCAAUCCCGAAGAGGCCGAUUAUACGGCUCCACUGUACGAAUUGGCAGCCCAAAACCGUCUGCCGCACUACAAUGUUGAUUUUCAGGUGCAAUAUUGGCUUCAGCAAGGAUUUCCAGCCAGCAAGCUUAAUUUGGGAGUAGCCAGCUAUGGAAACGCAUGGAAACUGUCUGCUGAAUCAGGCCUUGAAGGGACACCCGUUGUCCCUAACACCGAAGGACCUGCUCCGGAAGGUCUGCAAUCUCAAAAGGCUGGUCUGUUAAGCUAUCCAGAGAUCUGCGCCAAGCUGUCCAAUCCGCAAAACCAAUAUCUCAAGGGAAAUGACUCGCCAUUAAGGCGUGUGAGCGAUCCUUCUAAGCGUUACGGAAACUACGCAUAUCGUGCGGUCGAUGGGGCCACAACUGAGGGUAUUUGGAUUAGCUAUGAUGAUCCCGAUGCCGCCUCGAACAAGGCAGCCUAUGUACGUGCCAAAAAUCUGGGCGGUGUGGCUUUGUUCGACCUGGGCUACGACGAUUUCCGUGGACAGUGCACUAGUGACAAAUAUCCAAUCCUGCGUUCCAUUAAAUAUCGACUUUAAAUUGAAUUGUGUUCAUAUAAAGCUCAUAUUAAUAAACAGAAGAUGAAAUUUC